GUUUGUGUCCUCAAAGUAGGAUCACUGCAAUGUUCUACUAACUACACCAGCACAGCACGUUUAGAAUGCCGCAGUUCGCCUCAUCACAAUAACAAGAAAGCAUAUUACACUCAUUCUAUUCAAUCUUCAUUGGCUUCCAGUGAAUCACUGUGGAAUUUUCACUCAUAACCUACAAGGCACUCAACAACUUGGCACCGUCGUAUCUACGCGAUAUGCUUACACCCUGCACUCCAUCGCCUCAAUUACGUUCAUCAUCCAGACAUCUUCUGUUCACUCUGUCGCACAACAAGAAAACACAUCGCAAAAUCCUUCUCUGUGGCAGUUCAAAAACUAAGGAAUGCUUUGCCAUGUGA